AUGAAUAAGGAAUUGUGUAAACAGUUCAAGAAAGUAUGGGAGGAUUUUCCCGAUACAUUGAGUAAUAAAGGCUAUGAUUUUAAAGAUGAUGGAGUUUUAAAUAAUUAUUGUCAAAGUAGUCAAUGUCAUAGUAAUUUCGAUAAAAUUAGUGCUGUAUGUUUAUAUUUGUUUCGUGCGUUCUUUGGGAGUUCUGAUUUGUUUAAUUCUGUUGCAAAAAAAAACAUCGAUAUUGUUGAUUACAUUUUGAUAUGGUUAAGUUAUAUGUUAAACCUGGGCGGAAGUAAAGACCAUAACAAUAUAAAAGAUUUUUAUAAUUAUCAAAUAGUGAAUCGUGAUAAUUAUAACACGGGAAUAAAAGAUGUCAGUGAUUAUAAGAGUUAUAAGGAUCUCAUAGAUAGAAAAAAUUAUUUAAGUAUGAAUAUUAAUAUUAUAUCUAAAUUUUAUGAUCCAUUUAAAUCAUUAUGUAACUUGUAUAAUGAACUUGAUGAUGAAAAAACAAAUUGCAAGAACUGUUCGGAUAAAGCUAAUCAAUUUGUUGAAAAAUAUAAAGCACUUAAUGAAGAUUCUGAUAUUACUGAUAGCAGUCCAUAUAAAGAAAUAUUUUCUAAACUAUCAAAUGAUUAUGAUAAUUUAAAAAAUGAAUGUAAAGAUGAUAAAGAUAGCAAAUUUCCAUCUCUUACAGAGACAAAUACACCACAAGAUACUGGACAAAUUACUGAACGAACUGGAGAAACUGGAGAAACUGUACAAAAGUCUGAUGUUACAUCAUCAAGUUCGUCGAUAGUAAGCAAAUUAAUUAUAGCUUUAUCAAUAUUCAGUGCAAUAACAAUAUUUUUGGUAAUUUUUUAUAAGUGUUCGUUAUUUGUAUUACGGAAAAGAGCUCAAAAACAAAAUUUAAGAGAAAAGCUAAAAAAAAUAAAGAAGAAAAUGAAUCAUUAA